AGUCGUUCAAAGAUAACAUUUAUUGUGUGUUGAAGUUGUGAGAAAGGGGAAAAUAGAAUGGUGGAAUAACUUAUGAAGAAUUAGAAAGGGGUGCGGCGUGUAUGAUUGGCUAACUCUGGAUUCGAUCACCGUUCAACCUCGAUCGUCAUCCAAGCAUAAUUAAGAGCAGAGCACGUGACGAUUGACGAGAAAGGUAACGAAUCUGAAUAGGAAUCGGAAUGAUGCAGUUGGUGAGUGCGUUAAUGGUGACUCGGAUGUUGACUCGGGAUCACUCGGUCCCUCUCCUCGGCAACGAAAGCAUACCUUUCGGAUCGGUGUGGUGGUUCGUCUAUGCUGGCAUCUCCUGUUUACUUGUCCUCUUCGCCGGCAUCAUGUCUGGUCUCACCCUCGGUCUCAUGUCUCUCGGCCUCGUCGACCUCGAGAUUCUUGAGCGCAGUGGUUCUCCUUCUGAGAAAAUGCAAGCUGCGGUCAUACUUCCUGUGGUUAAAAAACAACACCAGCUUCUUGUCACUCUGCUUCUCUGUAAUGCUGUUGCCAUGGAGGCUCUUCCCAUAUACCUAGAUAAACUCUUCAAUCAAUUUGUUGCUAUCAUUCUUUCUGUAACUUUCGUUCUGUUUUUCGGGGAGGUUAUUCCUCAAGCAAUUUGUAGUAGAUAUGGUCUUGCUGUAGGUGCCAACUGUGCAUGGCUUGUUCGGAUUUUAAUGAUUGUCUGUUACCCAGUUUCUUAUCCAGUUGGAAAGGUUCUGGAUUACCUAUUGGGACAUAACGAGGCUUUAUUUAGGCGAGCUCAGUUAAAAGCUCUUGUCUCCAUUCACAGCCAGGAGGCUGGGAAAGGUGGUGAGCUAACACAUGAUGAGACGACAAUUAUCAGUGGAGCACUUGAUUUGACUGAAAAGACUGCUGAGGAGGCUAUGACUCCUAUUGAAUCAACAUUUUCUUUGGAUGUUAAUUCAAAGUUGGACUGGGAAGCAAUGGGAAAAAUUCUAGCUCGAGGGCACAGCCGAGUUCCCGUCUAUUCUGGAAAUCCAAGAAAUAUUAUUGGGCUUCUUCUGGUCAAAAGUCUUCUUACUGUACGACCAGAAACAGAGACCCCUGUCAGUGCUGUAUCCAUCCGGAGAAUUCCACGGGUUCCAUCAGAUAUGCCUCUGUAUGAUAUACUGAAUGAGUUCCAAAAAGGCAGUAGUCAUAUGGCUGCUGUUGUUAAGGCCAGGGGAAAAGGAAAAGAAACUCCACAAAUAAUUGAUGAAGAGAAAAAUGAAGAAAACAAAAGUACUGAUGGGGAUUCACAGUUGACUGCUCCGUUGCUACAGAAACAGGAUGCAAAAUCAGGGAGUGUUGUUGUUGACAUCGACAACAAGCCGUCAAGGCUUCCCAGCAUUAAUAGGCUAACUGGUUUGCAACGUAGUGAUGGAACAAAUGGUCCCUCUUCGGAAAAUAUUGAAGAUGGUGAAGUAAUUGGUAUUAUCACAUUGGAAGAUGUAUUCGAAGAACUUCUGCAAGAAGAAAUUGUGGAUGAGACAGAUGAAUAUGUUGAUGUUCAUAAGAGAAUACGUGUUGCUGCAGCUGCAGCUGCUUCUUCAGUGGCACGAGCUCCAUCAAUCCGAAGGUUGACUGCUCAGAAGGGAACAGGAGGCCAAAUUAAGACAGGGCAAACUCCGAAGAAAUCUGCAGAGGAAAAUGGAUUGAAUUUUACAAGGUAACAAGGCCCGUGCUAGAUAAUGAAACACUGAGGGGUUGCUUUUAUGUCAGCAAUAUGAUGUUGAAAAAGAAGCCCAAGAUAGUUUCUUAGUCAUUUGAUAUCUCAUGUAUCAAAAUUAUUAACUUCCCUUUUUGGAAGGGCUUAAACGGAUGUAUUGCUUUCUACUAUAGUAGAAGCUUAUUGAACUAGAACUGCAUCCGUGCUUGCUGCAAUUUUAUUUUCGAUCCAAAACGUCUUUUUUAUGUUACCUAAAAGAAAUCUACGUCAAAACUAAUGUUUUACGAAACAUUUAACUGUGAAAGAAAUAAAUGACUCUAAUUGGUACAAGAAACACAAUCCAGUGUACCCCUUUCCUUUCUUGUAACAACUUGGGAGAGCAGUUAUAAAGAGUGCCCGUCGGUGUUAAAUAUGAUGUGAUAUUUGAUUAUUUAAAUUUUAAUGGAACACUUUACGUUGUCUGC